AUGGGACUGGAUAGGGAUCAACUCCGUGCUAUGUCCCACAAAGAUAAAGAAACCUUCAAGGAGUACGUUCAGAGGUGGUGUGAAAUCACUGCACAGGUUAGUCCUCUAUUGAAGGAAAAGGAAAUGACAAAGUUGUUUUUGAAGACGUUGAGUCCGUUAUAUUACAAAGGGAUGGUUGCAAGUGCACCUAGUUACUUUACUGAAAUGGUGAAUAUGGGGUUGAGAUUAGAAGAGGGUGUUCGUGAAAGAUGGUUGAAAGAAGGCAGUUCAUUUGAUGGGUCCAAAAGAUAUGGGAAUGGGCUACCCAAGAAGAAAGAACACGAUGCAACCGCUAUAUCACAAGAGAGACAUAGAAGGCUUCCGAGGAACAGUCAACGUCAUCAGCAUGUGGCAUGUAAGAAUUUGGUGCAAACAAGAACUCCACCGACUGUUCCGAAAGAGCUUCUGUGGUGGUAUAAAGCUGACCAACAUUGUGGAUUCCACCAAGGAGCACCUGGCCAUGAUAUUGAGAAUUGUUUCUCUUUGAAGGAUGAGGUAAGAAGGUUAAUGCAAAGUGGUAUCUUGUCAUUUGAAGAUUCCAAUCCCAAUGUACAAGUUAAUUCGCUGCCCAAACAUGGUAAUGCAACUAUGAAUAUGGUCGAAGGAUGUCCUGGAAAGUACCGAGUUUUCAACGUCAAUCUGAUCAAAAGAUCCUUGGUUGAAAUGCAAGCUACUUUAUGUGAAUUGACCUAUUAUGAGCAUGACCGUGCUUCUUGUCAAGUUUGUUCCGGAGAUCCCCGAGGAUGUGUUGUAGUGAAAAGAGACUUGCAAGAGAUGUUAGAUCAGAAACUUAUUCAAGUUAUGAGGGAUAGAAAUGAAGAUGAGCAUGAGAAGACUGUUGUUUCUCUGUUGGUUAUUCGUUUGGUCAGUCCUACGCCUUACGAAUCUGAUAAAGCUGUGCCUUACAAGUAUAAUGCUACUAUGGUAGAAUACGUAAAAGAAGUGCCUAUUCUUACUUUUCCAUCCGUUGUGAACAUUGUCGAUGUAAGUGGUGUGACCCGAAGUGGUCGGAUAUCUGUUGCUGCAGCUCCUAAGAGAACUAAAGAUGUGGUGAUAGAGAAAUAA